AUGGCAGCAACGCUGCCGCCCGCAGCCGCAGCGGCCGCGCCUGCAGCGCAGCAUCAGCAUCCGCACCACAAUGACCACGAGCAGCACCAGCAGCUGCAGGCUGACGCGUUCAAGCGCCUCUACCCUGAGCAGUUCUUCGCGCGCUUUGCUGCCGAGGGCGUCCGCCCCGACGGCCGCGGCCUCUCGACGCCGCGCCCCGUCACAAUCGGCCUCGGCGCUGUCGGCGCAGCCGACGGCUCGGCUCUCGUGAAGGUCGGCCCCACCGCUGUCCUCGCCGGCUGCCGCCUCGAAGUCGCCGUGCCGCCCGACGACGCCCCAGGGGUUGGCCAGGUCGUCGUGUCCGCAGAGCUCUCCGCCCUCGCCAGCGGCGCGUGGCGCCCCGGCCGCGCCGCGCCCGAGGCGCACGAGCUCGCGGCGCGCGUCUCGCAGCUGCUGACCGGGCCGUCGGGCGUCCUGGACGCGAGACAGCUCUGCAUCUCGCCCGGCGCGGCGGUGUGGGUGCUGUAUUUGGACCUAUACGUGCUGGACGCCGCCGGCGGCCUGCUUGAUGCCGCGCUGCUCGCCGCGGCCGCGGCGCUGCGCGACUGCCGCCUGCCCUCCGUGCACCUAACAGACGAGGGCAACGUCGAGCGCGGCCCCGACCCGGAAGCUUCCGCCGACGGCGGCGCUGGCGGCGGCGGCGGCGGCGGCGGCGGCGACAGCACGGCGCUGCGGCUGGCGGCGGCGCCGGUGUGCUUGACGUGCGGCGUAUACAAGGGGGCCGUGGUGGUGGACCCGGACCACGAGGAGGAGGCGCUGAUGGGGGCGCGCGUCAGCGUGGUGGUGGACGGGGAGGGCGGGCUGCUAGGCGUGUUCAAGCCUGGCGGCUCAGCGCUGGUCGCGCCCCAGACGCUGCUGACGUGCGUCGCGCUGGCGCAGGCGCGGCAGAGGGAGGUGCAGGCGCAGCUCGAGGCGGCGCUGCGGCAGCAGCGGGAGCAGCAGCGGCCAGAGGGAGGGUGA